CGAUUUUUGCUUCUCACCAAGGACUGGAGUCUCAAAACAUGGUCCACUGUGCUGGAUGCGAGAGGCCUAUUCUAGACAGAUUUCUGCUGAGCGUCUUGGACAGAGCCUGGCAUGCAAAAUGCGUGCAAUGCUGUGACUGUAAAUGCAGUUUAACUGAUAGAUGUUUUUCUAGAGAAGGAAGGUUAUACUGCAAAAACGACUUUUUCAGACGUUAUGGCACUAAAUGUGGAGGCUGCGCGCAGGGAAUCUCGCCCAGUGAUCUCGUUCGGAAAGCGCGAAGCAAAGUCUUUCACUUGAACUGUUUCACCUGCAUUAUGUGCAAUAAACAGCUUUCCACCGGCGAAGAACUGUACAUCCUAGAUGAAUAUAAAUUUGUCUGCAAGGAGGAUUACUUGAAUAACAGCAAUGGAAAAGACACAAACCUUCUGUCAAUUACCACCUGCAGUGACCCGAGCUUAUCUCCAGAGUCUCAAGACCCACAGGAUGAUUACAAAGACUCUGAGAGUGGACCCAUGUCAGACAAGGAGACCUGCAACAAUGAAAAUGACGAACAGAAUCUGGGUGGCAAACGUCGCGGGCCUCGAACUACAAUCAAAGCCAAGCAGCUGGAGACACUGAAAGCUGCUUUCGCCGCCACCCCCAAACCCACCAGACACAUACGAGAGCAGCUGGCGCAGGAGACCGGCCUCAAUAUGCGCGUAAUUCAGGUGUGGUUUCAGAAUCGGCGCUCUAAAGAGAGGCGCAUGAAGCAGCUGAGCGCACUGGGCGCCAGGAGACACAUGUUCUUCCGCAGCCCGAGGAGAAUGAGAGCACUGGGCGACCGAAUGGAACCAGGAGAGCUCAUGGCCAACGGACAUUUCUCUUUUUAUGGCGACUAUCAAAGUGAAUACUAUGGCCCGGGGUCAAACUAUGACUACUUCCCUCAGGGUCCACCGUCAUCCCAAGCCCAUACUCCAGGUGAUCUAGGAUUCAUGCCCUCUUCUGGCCCAGCUGGAACGCCUCUAGGGAACAUGGACCCCCAUCACGGAGCACACCACCCCUCCAAUGACACACAAUGCUUUAGUGAGAUGAUAUCACAUCACCCUGGGGACUCUCCUAGUCCAGAGCCCAGCGCACCAGCCUCCAUCCACAGCAUCUCCACUGACAUGUGUGACUCCACUCCACCCUUCACAUCCCUGAACUCGCUCAGUGCCAACGGAUACAGCAAUCAACUGUCCUCAGAGAUGAACGAGGGGACCGUCUGGUAGCAAAAAGGCAGACUUAUUCAGGACAAAAACAUGUGGAUAUGUACUAUUCAUCUGUGAUUUUUUUAUAACAAUGGUAUUUCUAUCUAGGUAAUUUAUUGAUAUAACUGUCUAUUUAUUCGUUCAUUUGGUUACUAUUUAUUUAUUUAUUUAUAUAUAUAUUUAAGCGACAAUUGUGUAUUUUGAAAGUGGAAUGUCAAAUGUGGGUCUGCAGACCUUAUAGCUGUGCUAUAGACAACGACAGUUUAAAAAAAGCUGAAACAGAAUGUUUAUAUUUACAACACCUGGUGUGUCUGUUCACAUGUGUAUCAUAACCUGACCUCUUUGCCUUUUAAGGCUUUGCCAUAAUGACACUUGAAAUCAUCUCACACCAAAAGUUUUCUUUGCUCUCCACACUCUUAAAAAUAAAGGUUCCAAAAAGA